GAAAAGAAAAUGUACACUCUUUUACAUUUUUAUACAUACAUUUUCUUUUCUCUUAUAAAAUCACUUGGUCGAGUCUUCCCCUUAACUACGCCGCUGACAAAUGACAUCACCAAAAUAAAAACGAUUCAUUUGAAAAUUAUCAAAAAACGUCACUGGCUAUACGAGAUGUUUUCUGUAGCGUUGAAAGUAAUUUAAUAAAAGCGAGAUAUCGCAUAAAACACGUUGUGAAAUAGACAAAGAAAUAUAUUUAUUGAUAAAACAGAAUAUGUAUUAAAAUACACUAUGGUUUCUCCUCACAAUAAGGAAAAAAUAAUUAUCACCAGUGACCACUUUCUGACAACAUGUAGACCACGUUUUAAGGAUACAAAAAGUCCGUGCGUGCUUUAUUUUGAAAUAGUCAUAACACGCGCUUUUAAUUUAUAGUUUUAAUUAGGGUAAUUAGCACAAUCUAUUUAGUAACUUCUUCUAAAGAUAUAUUUUAAACUUUUUUUACUGUUGAAACAUCAGUGACCUGAGAUGUAGGUAGUUAUCGUUACAUAUUUCUUGUAAUGUAUAUUUCUUAUAUUAUAUAUAUAUACACAAAAUUUUUAAUCAUUUUUAUUAUUAUUAAAUAAAUAUUAAUAUUGGUUUAACUUGAUUAAAAACGGAAAAUAUCAGAAGUUUUAGAGUUAAAGAUGGAAAAUAUGGAAGAUUUUACGAAUGUGAAUUUUAUGAUAAUGAACGUUUCAGUUUCUGCACUAGUGUUUAUGAGCGCUUAUUAUGCCGAUUUUUUUAUCCGAGGAUCACGAGAAGUAAAACUAAAAAACGUCAUCCAUGUUCCUGAUUCGGUGUUACCGUCACACGAAAACAACGAAAACAUUCCUUGUGAUAAAACAAUAUUUGGUUGCCUAAAACAAAGAAGAUAUUUAUCUUAUUUUGCAUGUAACAUUAUCUACUUUAUUUUGAUGUUCUACAGCGUUGUAGGAAUGAAGAAAUAUCCUGUCGUUAUGGUGAUAAUUCAACAUAUAGCUAUUGUGAGCAUUAUAUCGUUAUACUUUUUACAGUUUGUUAGGCCAACCAUUGCUGUACCUAUAUCCAUUGCAUAUGCCGCGGUUUGGUUUCUUUCAGCUCAUACGCAAUACCGCUGGUUGGUCAAUAACACUAUCGUGAUUAUGUCGGUCCUACUCACAGGGUAUAUUCAAUUUAAGAAUUUCAUGUACUUGCAAAUAUUCAUGUGGCUGGCUUUUGUUUAUGACGUCUACUUAUUGGCUGGCUUGAAAUUCUUCGGGGCUGGUUCGGAGUUAUUUAGCAUUGAUCAGAAACUGGGCGUUGAUACUCAGGGUGUAACGACGACAUGUCAAACUCUACUUUGUUCUUUGUUUAAUCAUAACAGCAAUUACGAGUUACCCACGGUUUUUUCUAUCCAAUUCGGGCGUUCUGAGAAUUUUGUAUACAUCGGUACUGGAGAUAUCAUAAUUGGAGCGUUUGCAGCCAACUUUACGCUUCUGUUUUUUAAAAACAUCAAACAUGUUGUUUUCACUGUAGCCACGUUUGGGCUUUCUAUUGCCUUGCUAUCUCAAGUUACGGAAACACCGUUCCCGGCUUUAUUAUCUAUUGUUCCGCUAUGUACUGUCGGGUUAUUGCUGUCUGGGUUAGCGAGCAAAAGAUCGGUUGAGAUGCUUUUAGAUAAUUGUUCAAGUUCGAAGGACAAAAUCAUACACCCAAGUGUCCAUCAGCUUGUGUAAAAAAUUCUCAUGAGAAAAAACUGAAAAAAGUAAUAAUGGAAAAGCCGUAUUGGAUACUUAUAAAAGUCACACUAAAAUUAUUAAAAGUAAUUGUUUUUAUGUAUAUACCAUAAAAUGGAGAAAAAAAAUUUAUUAUUUAUUUCUGUCGAUAUUUUUAAAUGUAAAAUAGAUUUUUUUACAUUAUUUUACGAUGUGUCAACCAGCUACUAUAUUAUCUUUAUAUAUAAGAUAUCUAUAUAUAUAUAUAAGAUGGAGGAGCAGUGAUUUAACUCCUUCGUAUAAAGUAAAGGCGAAAUUCCACUUCGAUCAUUUUGCUGGGUGUUUUUUUAAUAACCUUUAGUGAAAUUUAUAGUUGUAAAAUUUUAUAUAUAAUAUAUACAGACUUAAAGUUGUUACUUUUUAUAGAAUAAUAUUCUCA